AUGAAGGUGAAAUCGCUGAAGGAGAUAUGUCUCAUCUUUGUGGGGGCCAAUUUUCACGCAAUCGGCCAAGGGCCAUUUGCAUCGAUGCCUGCCGAGCUAAAGCACAAAAUUUUGCAGUCUGUGUGCUUGCGAAGGAAGAACUUUACGCCGGCCGAGUUCCAGUUCUUCAUCGAGCCAUCAGAUCACCUUACGAGCCUCGAUCUCUCGCAAUGCCGCACCCUGAACGAAAAUCACUUCGAAUUGAUGGCCACGAAAUUGCGGCAGCUCGUGAGCCUCAACGUGGCCGGCUGCGUGAGCGUCACGUACGACGUGCUGCAGCGAAUCACCGAGUCGUGCCCUCACAUUCGGCAGCUCACUCUGAGCGGCUGUCCCAAGGUCACAGACUCGGGCGUGGCGCUGGUGGCAACGACCUACCACACCAACCUGACGCGGUUGGAGCUCAACGAGUGCUUUGAAGUGACGGAUAACUCGUUGGCCUCCCUCUCUGAACAAUGCACAAACAUCAAGGCGCUUCAUCUGGGCUACUGCCAGUAUAUCACUGACAAGGGCACGGAGAUGCUGUGCCGAGCGUUGCCGACCAACCCCAAGAUGUCGUACAUCCACCUUGAAGAAAUCACACUUGACUACUGUACAGAACUCACAGACAAGGCCAUACAGCAGCUGGUGAGCUUCAACUCCACCCUGCGAUACCUGUCGAUGAGCGGAUGCAAGAUCACCGACAACGCCAUCCGCUACGUGGCCGGGUAUUGCGCGCGACUGGUCACGCUCAACGUCAAGGAGUGCGACAUGCUCACCGACUACACGAUCACCGUGAUUGCGCAGCGAUGUAAAGGACUGGAGGCGUUUGAUGGAUCGUGUGGCGGCCGCUACACCGACGCAUCUGCCCAGCAGCUCGCGCUCUACAGUCAUCAGCUGAAGAGCCUCAGUCUCGCACGGUCGGCCGCGAUUACCAACGCGUCGCUCGGCUCGAUCGCCCUCGGGUGUAGUCGAAUCGAGAGUCUCAACAUCAACGGGACGCAAGUGAGCGAUGAAGGGCUCAAGCAACUUGUGACCAGCUGUCGUAAUCUCAAGCAGUUGGACGUUUCGUUUUGCAAGCGCCUCACGGUGGACGGGAUCCGGCUGCUGCUGACGAACUGCCCGUCGCUGCAGAAGCUGGCCAUGUGGGGCAUCACCGUGCCGGACGACAUCAUGCUCCGCCUCAGCCGCCCGCGACCCGACCUCCACAUCAGCCGCACCCACCACAAGGUCGCCUCCUUCUCGUCGUCGUCUUCCUCAUCGUCGUCAUCAUCGUCUUCCACGUCCGCUCCCUUCCCUGGGCUCGUGCUACCCAAGUAA